GUUCUUCCUUGUUUGUGAUUACACUAGCUAGCUAUGUUUGGCUUGGCUGCAGCCCCCUUUUUUGUGUGAGGAAGACGGGGAUGGGCAGUCGUUUUUAUCGUUAGACCUUUAGUUCGGAGUAUUUAUUUAUGAAUUGAUUCAAGAAACUUGGUAGUUAGCUAGGUUAAAACUAGCGUUAACUAACGUCGUUAGCUAGCUGGUUACGUUAGCAGCCAGGAGUACCUAGUACACACAGGUGAGUGGCCUCUCCCAUGUAUUAGCUAGUAGCAACAUAUGGGUGUAUCCUAGCGAAAUAAGUGAGUUUUCAGUCGAGGACCUUUUUAUUUGCUGCACAAAUUGGAAGUCUUCAUCACUUCGAACCGAACACAUCUAAAUAUUGCAGCGAUUUCCCUUAUCGUAGAGGCCCUGCAUGCAUCUAAACUAUCUAGCUAGCUAGUUGACGUUAGUUAGCUAAAUGGCGUCAGAUAGUGACACAGAGGAAUUCUACGAUGCUGCUGAAGACGUACAUUUUACUCCAUCUCCUAAAUUGUAAGUGACAUUUCUACUUACAGCUAUGUAUGUGUAUAUGCUGUGAUUGGUAUUGAAACAUUCUCAGCUAUGAAGAUGAUGCUGGCCAUUGAAUUGCACCAUAUGUUAGCAAGAGAUAACAUUAUUUUGUUCAUACAUUCAGUGUUUCUUCUGUAGCUAAUAAAGGAACAACAUUAGUUAUCAUUAUUUGACAACAAUAAUAACAACGACGAUGCCAUCUGUCUGGAUGAUUUUGCCUGGUCUUACUCUACUCCCAUCUUUUUAACGAGGCAAAGGUUGUGUGGAGAUCAAUUGCCCAAGUCUACCUUACACUUGGACCCCUAUAUUGUCAUUGUUUUCACGAUGACAAUAUAGGGGUCAAAGUGUAAGGCAGAGAGAAGUCUUUUUGACACACACACAACCAUAUCAGGACUAGUCUUGUGACUAACAGACUUUCAUGUCUUUUUUUAUUGCUUAGGACACCAACAAAGUUUGUUCUUCCCACACCUCAGGUAUGUCUUCUUCUUACUAGCAUUUUACAGUUUUGAACAUUUGUUUCUAACAACCAUCUCUUUAAAGAGUGAAGUUUAACUUUGGAUUGCCAUAUCAAAGACUGUAACCCAGAGUGUUGGUUUUAGUUUAAUCAUUACUUAAAAGGCAUAGCUGCUGGAGACUUUGGGUAACUACUUUCAAAUGAGCUAGAGGAUGGCCUUUAAGAGCUCUAUUGAGGUGAAAGUUAACCCAAAACACAGCUUUACCUGGGAUUGUUUGCAAUAAGCAGUUUGCUACUGCACGUCCUGAGUUGCCAGUGAAGUUGUGUUUUAAAGACUCUAUUCAGGACAUUGUCAUCUCAUUUACUAGUAAAAUAUUACAAAACAUGAGCACAUCCCAGCAUCUUAAAGUGUGUGGAUGCACUGUAUGAGGUGCUAGUUUAUAGAAGUAUAGAGUGUUUGAUUCUCCCUUUCAGUCUCCUUGUACCUUCGCUUUGUGUUCCUGCAGGGGGUGGUAGAGAGCCCACCAGAGGACGUGGCUGUUGGGCUGGCCCCACCUGAGGUACGCCAAGAUGACUCCAUCCAGGUAUUCCCUCCUUAUCUUCAAAUCUACGCUAAUGCUCAUUAAUCCCUAUACAGAUGGGGCAUUGUGAUUGUCAUUAUGAAAAAAGUGUUGUUUUAUUCCCUGUGAUUUGUUUAUAGUCACUGAGCCCCUAAGUAUGUGUUGUUCAUGUCUAAAUGUUUAUUUUUUUAUGGUGGCUGGGUUCUGGGCUUUAUGUAAAUGUGGCUAGUCUGUCACUGUUCUAUGGAGUCACUGCCAGUGAGGGGUGUAUCACACCACUAAGUGGUCUAGGUCAUUAAAGGGGAACUGCACCUGUGUUUUGGCUUGCUCCUCAAUAAAUGCUGGCGGCCAUGACGGAAGCCAAACGUGAGUUGGCUUGGGGGUGUGGUUUGAUGUGGGUGUUUCUUGACACACCCUUCUGUCAGAACCUUGCCCGCAACUGUUUCCCCGCACUCAAUCACAUCAAACAAACCUCCUGCAGGUUGAGUUCAACAACUACAGGCAGAUGUAUGGUGAGAUGCCGGAGGAAGCUUUGAAUAGGUCAGUAGCCUACAGAGUAAUAUGAGAAGAAUGCAAUUUCUGAAUUUAUGUAGAUAUUCUAAACGAAGUGUUUUGAUAACUUUCAAAUGUAGUAACAGGUCCAUGUAGAAUAAACAUAAUAACAUAGAAGCAGUGUUCUGCUAAUAUAACAAUGUGCAUCUUUCAUUGUCAUUCCCAGUCGAUACACAUACUGUGCCUAUUGGCAUUUUGUUUCGUAGUAAUGGGGCUACCUUGGCAAAUUUGAAUGCGGAGUGCCAAGUCUCUCUCCAUUCAGAGACAUCAGUAUCAAGCCCGUUUGUCAGUCUGGACCAUCAAGUCUCCAUGUGCUGGCUCCAUACAUGUUUCUGUGAACACAGUCACUGUUCUAUUACCAAUGACAGUUAGGAUAGGAUAGGUAAUAUCUGACUGACAAACAAACAGGUACUGUGUCGAAGUUUGAACAGGUCAGAUAAAACCUACCCUGUUAUAGUCUCCCCAUCAAAUGACUGAGGCUGCCGUCUGGCAAAAGCAUCUCCAGUCCAUCUGCAGAAAUAGGCAGAGUUCAUCAGUGAUACAUGGAAUGAAAAGGGUGUUGCUAUUACUGGACAUUUGUGCUAUACUGAAUUAUUAGUAAUCACCUCAUUGUGGAUGUGUUGAGUGCCAGGUCUCAUGUAUCUGUGAACACAUACAGUGCCUUCAGAGAGUAUUCAUAACCCUUAACUUAUUCCACAUUUUGUUUUGUUACAGCCUGAAUAAAAAAAUGAUUAAAUAUGUUUUUUUCAUUUUAGCAAAUUUAUUGAAAAUGAAAUACAGAAAUAUCUCAUUUACAUAGGUUUUCACACUCCUGAGUUAAUACUUUGUAGAAGCACCUUUCGCAACAAUUACAGUGGUGAGUCUUUCUGGGAAAGUCUCUAAGAGCUUCCACACCUGGAUUGUGCAACAUUUUCCCAUUAUUAUUUUCAACAUUCUUCAAACUCUGUCAAAUUGGUUGUUGAUCAUUAGUAGACAACCUUUUUCAGGUCUUACCAUAGAUUUUCAAGUAGAUUUAAGUAAAAACUUUAAGUCGGCCACUCAGGAACAUUCACUGUCUACUUGAUAAGCAACGCCAGUAUAUAUUUGGCCUUGUGUUUUAAGUUAUUGUUCUGCUGAAAGGUGAAUUCAUCUCCCAGUGUCUGGUGGAAAGCAGACUAAACCAGGCCUUCCUCUAGGAUUUUGUCUGUGCUUAGCUCCAUUCCGUUUCUUUUUUUAUCCUGAAAACUCCCUAGUCUGUAACGAUUACAAGCAUACCCAUAACAUUUUAGUCAUUUAGCAGACGCUCAUAUCCAGAGCGACUUACAGGAGCAAUUAGGGUUAAGUGCCUUGCUCAAGGGCACAUCAACAGAUUUUUCACCUAGUCGGCUUGGGGAUUAGAACCAGCAACCUUUCGGUUACUGGCACAACGCUCUUAACCACUAAGCUACCUGCCGCCCCAUAACAUGAUGCAGCCACCAUUAUGCAUGAAAAUAUGGCGAGUGGUACUCAGAAAUGUGUUGUAUUGGAUUUGCCCCAAACAUAACACUUUGUAUUCAGGACAAAAACAAAUAUUGCUUUCCCACAUUCUUUGCAGUAUUAAUUUAGUGCCUUUUUGUAAACAGGAUGCAUGUUUUGGAAUAUUUUUUAUUCUGUACAGGCUUCCUUCUUUUCAUUCUGUCAAUUAGGUUAGUAUUGUGGAGUAACUACAAUGUUGUUGAUCCAUCCUCAAAUUUCUCCUAUCCCAGCCAAUAAACUAUGUAACUGUUUUAAAGUCACCAUUGGCCUCAUGGUGAAAUCACUGAGCGGUUUUCCUUCUUCUCUGGCAACUGAGUUAGGUAGGAUGCCUGUAUCUUUGUAGUGACUGGGUGUAUUGAUACACCGUCCAAGGUGUAUUUAAUACCUUCACCAUGAAGAGCACCAUGCAUUCUACCAAUGGGUGCUCUUCUUUGCGAGGCAUUAGAAAACCUCCCUGGUUUUUGUGGUUGAAUAUGUUUGAAAUUCACUGCUCAGGACAAAGGAGAUGAUUGUGGACUACAGGAAAAAGAAGAGGACCGAGCACGCCCCCAUUCUCAUCGAGGGGGCUGUAGUGGAGCAGGUUAAGAGCUUCAAGUUCCUUGGUGUCCACAUCACCAACAAACUAACAUGGUCCAAGUACACCAGGACAGUCUUGAAGAGGGCAUGACAAAACCUAUUCCCCCCUAAGGAGACUGAAAAUAUUUGGCAUGGGUCCUUAAAAGGUUCUACAGCUGCACCAUCGAGAGCAUCCUGACUGGUUGCAUCAAUGCCUGGUAUGGCAACUGCUCGGCCUCCGACCGCAAGGCACUACAGAGGGUAGUGCGUACAGCCCAGUACAUCACUGGUGCCAAGCUUCCUGCCAUCCAGGACCUCUAUACAAGGCGGUGUCAGAGGAAGGCCCUCAAAAUUGUCAAAGACUCCAGCCACCCUAGUCAUAGACUGUGCUCUCUGCUACCGCACGGCAAGCGGUACCGGAGCGCCAAGUCUAGAUCCAAGAGGCUCCUGAACAUCUAAUCAAAUGGCUACCCAGACUAUUUGCAUUGCCCCCCCCUUUAUGCUGCUGCUACUCUCUGUUUAUUACCUAUGCAUAGUCACUUUACCUACAUGUACAUAUUACCUUAAUUAUCUCGACUAACCGGUGCUCCCGCACAUUGAUUCGGUACCGGUACCCCCUGUAUAUAGCCUCGCUAUUGUUCUUUUUACUGCUGCUCUUUAUUUGUUACUUUUAUUUUGUAUUUUUUUUGUGUGAUUUUGUUUUUUUGGUAUUCUUUCUAACAGGAAAAACAGGGUCAACGAUUGUCAUCAUCCUUCAAUUAUAAACAUAGCUCGAGAAAUAACAAUCUCGUUUGGAAGCUAAUUCUAUGCUUUACAGACUGACUGGCUCCAGAUUGGAUUAGAUUCAGGCCGGUGAUGCCGUUACACUAUGCAACCAACUGUGACAUAUUUUGCUAUGGCACUGGGUUAGUUUGAGUUUGUUGCUGCUAUUUAGUACACUGUUGUAGUCAGACAUGAGUUAUGUAGUACCACCAGAGCUGCAUCCAAUAUGUAUUUGUGCCCUAGACAUGGGUUGCACCUCGGAGGCUAAUGUUAAGGUUUCAUCUAAUUUACACUAUUAGUGACAUGGAAAUACCAUGACAUGGCUAAAGUAGGCAAAUAAUUAGGAGGAAACAACUUUGCCAUAUUAUGUCCUCAAAUUUACUUUAGAGAGUUGCCAAAGUUACCAUUACUGUUACUAAAUCAAAUAUCAAAUUGUAUUUGUCACGUGCCGAAUACAUUACUGUGAAAUGCUCACUUACAAGGCCUUAGCCAACAAUGCAGUUUUCAGAAAAUGGAGUAAAUCUUUUUUUUACUCAAGUAAAAAAAAAAAAGUAACAAUAACGAGGCUAUAUACAGGUGGUACCUGUACCGAGUCAAUGUGCGGAGGUACAGCUAAUUGAGGUAAUUUGUACAUGUAGGUAGGGGUAAAGUGACUAUGCAUAGAUAAUAAACAGCGAGUAGCAGCAGUGUACAAACAAAGUGCGGGGGGGUGGUGUGUCUAUGCAAAUAGUCCGGGUGGCCAUUUGAUUAAUUGUUCAGCAGUCUUAUGGCUUGGGGGUAGAAGCUGUUAAGGAGCCUUUUGGACCUAGACUUAGGGCUCCGGUACCGCUUGCCGUGCGGUAGCAGAGAGAACACUCUAUGACCUGGGUGACUGGAGUCUUUGACAAUUUUUUGGGCCUUCCUCUGACACUGCCUAGUAUAGAGGUCCUGGAUGGCAGGAAGCUUGGCCCCAGUGAUGCACAGGGCCGUACACACUUCCCUCUGUAGCGCCUUACGGUCGGAUGCUGAGCAGUCGCCAUACAAGGCGGUGACGCAACUGGUCAGGAUGCUCUCGAUGGUGCAGCUGUAGAACGUUUUGAGGAUCUGGGGACCCAUGCCAAAUCUUUUCAGUCUCCUGAGGGGGAAUAGGCGUUGUCGUGCCCUUCUUAAUUAAAUUUUUUAUUUCACCUUUAUUUAACCAGGUAAGCCAGUUGAGAACAAGUUCUCAUUUACAACUGCGACCUGGCCAAGAUAAAGCAAAGCAGUGCGAUUUAAAAACAACAACACAGAGUUACAUAUGGAAUAAACAAAACGUACAGUCAAUAACACAAUAGAAAAUCUAUAUACAGUGUGUGCAAAUGUAGUAAGUUAUGGAGGUAUGGCAAUAAAUAGGCCAUAGUGCAAAAUAAUUACAAUUUAGUAUUAACACUGGAGUGAUAGAUGUGCUGAAGAUGAUGUGCAAAUAGAGAUACUGGGGUUGCAAAUGAGCAAAAUAAAUAACAAUAUGGGGAUGAGGUAGUUGGGUGGGCUAAUUACAGAUGGGCUGUGUACAGGUGCAGUGAUCGGUAAGCUGCUCUGACAACUGAUGCUUAAAGAUAGUGAGGGAGAUAAGUGUCUCCAGCGUCAGAGAUUUUUGCAGUUCGUUCCAGUCAUUUGCAGCAGAGAACUGGAAGGUAUGGCGGCCAAAGGAGGUGUUGGCUUUGGGGAUGACCAGUGAGAUAUACCUCCUUCACGACUGUCUUGGUGUGUUUGGACCAUAAUAGUUCGUUGGUGAUGUGGACACCAAAGAACUUGAAGCUCUCGACCUGCUCCACUAUAGCCCCGUUGAUGUGAAUGGGGGCCUGUUCGGCCCUCCUUUUCCUGUAGCCCACGAUCAGCACCUUCGUCUUGCUCAUGUUGAGGGAGAGCUUGUUUUCCUGGCACCACAUUUCCAGGUCUUUGACCUCCUUCCUAUAGGCUGUCUUAUCGUUGUCGGUGAUCAGACCUACCACCGUUGUGUCGUCGGCAAACUUAAUGAUGGUGUUGGAGUCGUGCUUGGCCACGCAGUCGUGGGUGAACAGGGAGUACAGGAGGGGACUAAGCAUGCACCCCUGAGGGGCCCCUGUGUUGAGGAUCAGCGUGGUAGAUGUGUUGUUGCCUACCCUUACCACCUGGGGGUGGCCCGUCAGGAAGUCCAGGAUCCAGUGGCAGAGGGAGUUUUUAGUCCCAGGGUCCUUAGCUUAGUGAUGAGCUUUGUGGGCACUAUGGUGUUGAACGCUGAGCUGUAGUCAAUGAAAAGCAUUCUCACAUAGGUGUUCCUUUUGUCCAGGUGGGAAAGGGCAGUGUGGAGUGCAAUUGAUUGUGUCAUCUGUGGAUCGUUGGGGCAAUAUGCGAAUUGGAGUGGGUCUAGGGUUUCUGGGAUGAUGGUGUUGUGAGCCAUGACCAGCCUUUCAAAGCACUUCAUGGCUACCGAUGUGAGUGCCACGGGGCGGUAGUCAUUUAGGCAGGUUACCUUCGCGUUCUUGAGCACACGGACUAUGGUGGUCUGCUUGAAACAUGUAGUUAUUACAGACUCAGUCAGGGAGAGGUUGAAAAUGUCACUGAAGACACUUGCCAGUUGGUCUGCGCAUGCUCUGAGGACACGUCCUGGUAAUCCGUCUGGCCCCACGGCCAUGUGAAUGUUGAAAUCUGAGUUUUAUUGUGAUAGGCUAACGUUAGCCAGCUAGAAAUGAUAGUGAUCAUGGUUAUCAAAAUAUACAUAACUACCAGUCUAUGGUCUAGAUACCGGUAUACUCACCACCACUGCUCCGGGGACCAACUAACUCCAACCACCUAUUCUGCAUGAUGGCGUCCUUCGGCAGGGCAUAGUUGGUCAAUCCAUAUAGGGCUUUUCAGUCACAAACGACCGUGAUCCUUUGAAUGCAUUGGGGGCAAUGAAAUAACGGCUCCCCAUGGAGGGGGUUCGUUUUUCUGGCCUGGGUUAACCCGGUGGGAGGAGUUUGAACAGAGUGAAAAGUGAAUGCACUUGGCUCCCAGGCGUGAGCCAAGUUCCCCGCUCUGGUCGACGGUGAAGUCGGCUCAAAACAAAAGGGACGUAAUCAAGCAUGUGGAGUGAUGAGGAGGAUUCUGUGUUUUCACAUGGAAAAGUGAUUGCUUUGAUAAAAACGCUUUAUCUGCUUUGUCAAUGAAAACUAGUUAAAUUCAAACAUUUUAUGGAAAAAAUAUUUUUCUGUUUCUCAAUGAUUCUAUUUACACUUUGUAGUCAAUUUUGACACUAUAAUAAAUGUUUCUGACUCGUAUUGAUGCCACAUAGGCCGUUUUCAAAGGGAUUAGUUGGUUUUUAGGGCAGUCGCUCUUUAAGAUCAACGCACACAGCCCCUCAACGUGUCUGUCUGUAAUCCUUCUCUGCAUCCCUCUUUCACCUUAAGUGUGGGGAAAGCCCCCAAUGCUGUUUAUCAGAGAAUACAGUGCAUUUGGAAAGUAUUCAGACCCCUUCAUUUUGUUACAUUACAGCCUUAUUGUAAAGUUGAUUUAAAAAAAAAUGUAUAUAUAAUGCUCAAUCUACACACAAUACCCCAUAAUGACAAAGCAAAAACUGGGUUUUAGAAAAUGUUGCUUAUUUAUAAAAAAAAUAAAAGCAAAUAUCACAUUUACAUAAGUAUUCAGACCCUUUACUCAGUACUUUGUUGAAGCACCUUAGGAAGCGAUUACAGCCUUGAGUCUUCUUGGGUAUGACGCUACAAGCUUGGCACACCUGUAUUUGGGGAGUUUCUCCAAUUCUUCUCUGCAGAUCCUCUCAAGCUCUGUCAGGUUGGAUGGGGAGCAUCGCUGCACAGCUCUUUUCAGGUCUCUCCAGAGAUGUUCGAUCGGGUUCAAGUCCGGGCUCUGGCUGGGCCACUCAAGGACAUUCAGAGACUUGUCCUGAAGCCACUGCUGCGUUGUCUUUGCUGUGUGCUUAGGGUUGUUGUCCUGUUGGAAGGUGAACCUUCACCCCAGUCUGAGAUCCUGAGCACUCUGAAGUAGGUUUUCAUCAAGGAUCUCUCUGUACUUUGCUCUGUUCAUCUUUCCCGCGAUCCUGACUAGUCUCCCAGUCCCUGCUACUGAAAAACAUCCCCACAGCAUUAUGCUGCCACCACCAUGCUUCACCGUAGGGAUGGUGCCAGGUUUUCUCCAGACGUGACGCUUGCCAUUCAGGCCAAAGAGUUCAAUCUUGGUUUCAUCAGACCAGAGAAUCUUGUUUCUCAUGGUCAGAGUCCUUUAGGUGCCUUUUGGCAAACUCCAAGCGGGCUGUUAUGUGCCUUUUACUGAGGAGUGGCUUCCGUCGGGCCACUCUACCAUAAAGGCCUGAUUGGUGGAGUGCUGCAGAGAUGGUUGUCCUUCUGAAAGGUUCUCCCAUCUCCACAGAGGAACUCUGGAGCGCUGUCAGAGUGACCAUUGGGUUCUUGGUCACCUCCCUGUCGAAGGCCCUUCUCCCCCGAUUGCUCAGUUUGACCGGGUGGCCAGCUCUAGGGAGAGUCUUGGUGGUUCCAAACUUCUUCCAUUUAAGAAUCAUGGAGGCCAUUGUGUUCUUGGGGACAUUCAAUGAUGCAGAAAUGUUUUGGGACCCUUCCCCAGAUCUGUGCCUCGACACAAUCCUGUCUCGGAGCUCUACGGACAAUUCCUUCGACCUCAUGGCUUGGUUUUUGCUCUGACAUGCACUGUCAACUGUGGGACCUUUUAUAUAGACAUGAUUUGGAAAGGCACACACAUGUCCAAUCAAUUGAAUUUACCACAGGUGGACUCCAAUCAAGUUGUAGAAACCUCAAGGAUGAUCAAUGGAAACCGGAUGCACUUGAGCUUAAUUUCGAUUCUCAUAGCAAAAGGUCUGAAUACUUAUGUAAAUAAGGUAUUUCUGUUUUUUAUCUGUAAUACAUUUGCCAAAAUUUCUGAACCUGUUUUUGCUUUGUCAUUAUGGGGUAUAGUGUGUAGAUUGAGGAAAAAAUAUGUUAAUCAAUUUUAGAAUAAGGCUGUAACAUAACAAAAUGUGGAAAAAGUUAAGGGGUCUGAAUACUUUCCGAAUGCACUGAACACUGCUAGGACCACACAAUACUAGGACAAACUCCUCAUUAGAGGAACAUCCUGUUUCACUUCUGAUGAUUUUUUCAUCUGUGAUGUCUUGUUCCUCCUAGAUCAUCGACAGCAUCAUUGAGGAGAGCCAGAAGGGAAGUGUGGCGGAGGAGGCUCUGCUGAUGGGAGAGAGGGAUGUUGAUACAAGGUCAGAGUCAGAGGUGAAGAAGGAGAAUGAGGCCCCUGUAGAACCAGAGCAUCCUGCUGUGGAACCUCAGCCUGUGGUUGAGAGAUCAGAGCAGCCUCAGGAACAGCAGGGAGUGUGUUCCAUGGCUCUCCCAGACAUCCCCGGCCCGUCGUCUGGGUCACAGGAGCACGUCCAGCCCCCAGACAUCACCAGCACCCUGGGGCAGGGCCAGAGUCAACCAGACCUCCCUGACCUGCCACGGGUGUCUGCAGAGGACAGGGAGCAGAUACCAGCAGACAUCCUAGACCAGGUCCCCCUCACAGACAAGAAGCCGGCUGACUCCACCGACCCUGGGCCUUCUAAACCCCCACGGCAAUUCACUGUAGAGCCUGACAUUGUGGCCAGCACCAAGAAGCCUCCACCCUCACGCCCACCCCCUCCCAGCGGAGCUCCUCCUCCACGACCGCCUCCCCCAUCCCGACCUGCUCUACCCCUCAGCAAGAAGUCCCAGGAGUGUAUGAGUCCCACAGGACUGGAAGGUAAAUAACGCUGUUCUUGUUUCUCCACACACCCAAUAGCAUAAGGUCAAUAGACUGAAUGCUGAUAUGCAUGUCAAUAAAAAAAAUUCCUGCAUAGAGUAAAUACAUUGUGCUUAACACAUUGACCUCUCAUAACUGUUCUCACAAAUGUUCACUUCUGUCCCCACACCUACUAAUGAUAAUUUCUAUUAAUAUUAAGGUUUUAGGUAAUUUUAUUGUUUAACCAUGGAGACUAGGUUACUGUGUUGACCUUUGACCCUGCAUGUCUGCUGUGUGAUUGGCCAGUGUGUGCAGAGGAGCCGUGUGGCCUGGUGUCUCCCAGUAGCACAGUGAGAGGCAUCACCAAGGAUCUGCAGCACUCUCUGGACAUGGCCAGCGCCACCAGUGGGGACAAGGUGGUCACAGCACAGGUCAGUGGUCAUUUGUUUCCCAUGCUUUCCAUUGGCACAGUGCACAGGUCAACUAAUUGUUGCCCAGGAAGCUAAUGUACUGUAUAUAUUCUUCUGCACUUGGUGAACACUUUGUCCUGACGAAGACCCAGUUUCGGGUUAAAAUGUUCUCCUUUUCUGAUUAAACACUUUGGGAGCAACAUACCAGUGUGUGGAUUUACUUUUUGUUCUAUGUUCUCCUCUUUCAACAGGCCUUUAACAAUUUUGAAUACCCCUUUCUCUUAGUUAAUGUGUGCGUGUGUUCCCACAGGAGAAUGAGGAUGAGCAGGCAUCCGGUCCCAUUGAUGACUCUCUAGGUCCUCAGCGCCCACGCUCCAACUCUGGUAGAGAGCUGACAGAUGAGGUACAUAUCCUCGUCUCUGUAUCUUCCAUUCAUCCAGCCAUCAGCUCCUUUUGUACAGGUUCUUCUGUCUACACAUACCCUUUUUGAGUGUUUGUGUUUCAAAUUCAUUGAUUGGCUGUGUUAUCUCUGUAAUAGGAGAUCCUGGCGAGUGUGAUGAUCAAGAAUCUGGACACUGGGGAGGAGAUCCCUCUGAUCCAGGCAGAGGAGAAGCUUCCUACAGGGAUCAACCCACUCACAUUACACAUCAUGAGGAGGACUAAGGAGUACAUCACGUAAGAACUGCUCUCCUAUUACUUCAAAUAGUUUAAUAUCUCAUGGGCUCACACCAAUCCCUGGUAUAUGGUAAAAAAACGUACAGCUACUGUAUACAGUGGGGGAAAAAAGUAUUUAGUCAGCCACCAAUUGUGCAAGUUCUCCCACUUAAAAAGAUGAGAGAGGCCUGUAAUUUUCAUCAUAGGUACAUGUCAACUAUGACAGACAAAAUGAGAAAAAAAUUCCAGAAAAUCACAUUGUAGGAUUUUUAAUGAAUUUAUUUGCAAAUUAUGGUGGAAAAUAAGUAUUUGGUCAAUAACAAAAGUUUCUCAAUACUUUGUUAUAUACCCUUUGUGUGCAAUGACACAGGUCAAACGUUUUCUGUAAGUCUUCACAAGGUUUUCACACACUGUUGCUGGUAUUUUGGCCCAUUCCUCCAUGCAGAUCUCCUCUAGAGCAGUGAUGUUUUGGGGCUGUCGCUGGGCAACACGGACUUUCAUCUCCCUCCAAAGAUUUUCUAUGGGGUUGAGAUCUGGAGACUGGCUAGGCCACUCCAGGACCUUGAAAUGCUUCUUACGAAGCCACUCCUUCGUUGCCCGGGCGGUGUGUUUGGGAUCAUUGUCAUGCUGAAAGACCCAGCCACGUUUCAUCUUCAAUGCCCUUGCUGAUGGAAGGAGGUUUUCACUCAAAAUCUCACGAUACAUGGCCCCAUUCAUUCUUUCCUUUACACGGAUCAGUCGUCCUGGUCCCUUUGCAGAAAAACAGCCCCAAAGCAUGAUGUUUCCACCCCCAUGCUUCACAGUAGGUAUGGUGUUCUUUGGAUGCAACUCAGCAUUCUUUGUCCUCCAAACACGACGAGUUGAGUUUUUACCAAAAAGUUCUAUUUUGGUUUCAUCUGACCAUAUGACAUUCUCCCAAUCCUCUUCUGGAUCAUCCAAAUGCACUCUAGCAAACUUCCGAUGGGCCUGGACAUGUACUGGCUUAAGCAGGGGGACACGUCUGGCACUGCAGGAUUUGAGUCCCUGGCGGCGUAGUGUGUUACUGAUGGUAGGCUUUGUUACUUUGGUCCCAGCUCUCUGCAGGUCAUUCACUAGGUCCCCCCGUGUGGUUCUGGGAUUUUUGCUCACCGUUCUUGUGAUCAUUUUGACCCCACGGGGUGAGAUCUUGCGUGGAGCCCCAGAUCGAGGGAGAUUAUCAGUGGUCUUGUAUGUCUUCCAUUUCCUAAUAAUUGCUCCCACAGUUGAUUUCUUCAAACCAAGCUGCUUACCUAUUGCAGAUUCAGUCUUCCCAGCCUGGUGCAGGUCUACAAUUUUGUUUCUGGUGUCCUUUGACAGCUCUUUGGUCUUGGCCAUAGUGGAGUUUGGAGUGUGACUGUUUGAGGUUGUGGACAGGUGUCUUUUUAUACUGAUAACAAGUUCAAACAGGUGCCAUUAAUACAGGUAACGAGUGGAGGACAGAGGAGCCUCUUAAAGAAGAAGUUACAGGUCUGUGAGAGCCAGAAAUCUUGCUUGUUUGUAGGUGACCAAAUACUUAUUUUCCACCAUAAUUUGCAAAUAAAUUCAUUAAAAAUCCUACAAUGUGAUUUUCUGGAUUUUUUUUUCUAAUUUUGUCUGUCAUAGUUGACGUGUACCUAUGAUGAAAAUUACAGGCCUCUCUCAUCUUUUUAAGUGGGAGAACUUGCACAAUUGGUGGCUGACUAAAUACUUUUUUUCCCCACUGUAAAUUCAUUCCCCUGUGCUAACAGAUUGCUUUGGUAAGGAUAUAGUGGGCAGCACUCCCAUACAGCACUGCAAAAGAAGAUGUCACUGUUUGUUCCUUUUUUCCUGUCAGGAAUGAUGCAGCACAGUCCGAUGAUGAUGACAGGGUCCAGGCUCCGCUGACCGACACAGACGGAGGGAAGUUGAAACAGAAAACGUAAGAGCUGGAACAGUGCCCUGCCUCAUGCUGUGGUUACGGUCUUUCCUCUCUGCUGCUGUGACAGAGCCUGUGAUGAAGUCCAUGGAGUUUUAUGUCUCCUAUGUCUUCACUCCCCCAGCACACGGCUGAAGAAGUUCCUGGGCAAGUCUGUGAAGAGGGCCAAGCAUCUGGCUGAGGAGUAUGGGGAGAAGGCCGUCAACAAGGUGAAGAGUGUCCGUGAUGAAGGUAUGCCCUCCCCCACAGCCCUCCCCCACCCCAAUCACAUGCCUGCUUGUUUUCAUGAUGGAUAUCCUUUUGUAUUUGCUCUUCGUCAGUUGGUCAGUAGUGUUGCUGCUGUUUAGUCUCACUGCGUGGUUGUUGUCUCAGUGUUCCAUAACGACCAGGAUGACCCAUCGUCCAGUGACGAUGAGGGGAUGCCCUACACCCGGCCUGUCAAGUUCAAGGCAGCCCACAGCUUCAAGGGCCCCUUCGACUUUGAUCAGGUCAAGGUGGUCCAGGACCUGAGCGGAGAGCACAUGGUAAGAUUGUGUGUGUUUUGAGUGUAUGUUAAUGUGUCAGUGCUUUCUUUCCAUUAAACAAUCGACUACUGCCAUGACUGAAGCAUAUGUUACCAUGAAUGUGGAUGUAAAACGUGAGUAUAUGUAUAUUUGCCAAACGCUUGUUCUGUUGUGCCCUCAGGGUGCAGUGUGGACCAUGAAGUUCUCUCACUGCGGCAGGCUGUUGGCGACAGCAGGCCAGGACAACGUGGUGCGAAUCUGGGUUCUGAAAAAUGCCUUUGACUACUUCAACAACAUGAGGGCAAAGUACAACACUGAAGGUAGGUAGUUUCUCUCUCUACCUCACCUUUGGUAAAUGUAAUGCUUGUUUGGUGGGUUCUUCAUGGUUUUCCCCUUAUGUUCUCUCUCAACCAGGUCGUGUGUCGCCCUCUCCCUCUCAGGAAAGCCUGUGUUCCUCCAAAUCAGACACGGAUGGUGGGGUGAGUAAGGUUAGGACCCGUCUGUUUUAUAAUCAGAUGCAUGGUUUAUUUGUGUUAACUCAAACCACUAAAGGAGGAAGUCAUAUCUCAAUCACACCCAGUUGUCUAGAAGGUCAAACUUAAUCAGUGUUAACGUUGAGACCUCAGCACCAGUCUGAUAGACAACAGUGUCUUCUGUUCCCAGAUGAGCAGUGUUCCUGAAGACCCUGAGGACAAGAAUCUCCCUUUCCGCCAAGUCCCCUUCUGCAAGUACAAGGGUCAUACAGCUGACUUGCUUGACCUGUCCUGGUCAAAGGUGAGACUCCAAAGCCCUUUCCUCCUCCCCGUUUAAAAAAACAACACUCCCAAAUGUCUGUACACUGUGUCCUAAUAUUCCCUGUGUUCUUUGAUUUCAGAACUACUUCCUGCUUUCCUCGUCGAUGGAUAAGACGGUCAGACUGUGGCACAUAUCUAGGAGAGAGUGUCUAUGCUGCUUUCAGCAUAUUGACUUUGUCACUGCCAUCGCUUUCCAUCCCAGAGUAAGUGGGCGUCUGUGAGCUUGUGUGCCUUUGUUAGUGCGCGUUUAGGUUUAAGUAUGGACCUGUGCAGAGUGAGUUGGCUCUAUUUGUGUUCUGAGACUGAGAGCCAGACUAAUCAUCUGUUAUUUCUCCUAGGAUGACAGGUACUUCCUGAGUGGCUCUCUGGAUGGGAAACUGCGUCUGUGGAACAUCCCAGACAAGAAGGUGGCUCUGUGGAACGAGGUGGACGGACAAACACGCCUCAUCACUGCUGCCAACUUCUGCCAGAAUGGGAAGUACGCUGUCAUCGGCACCUACGAUGGCCGCUGCAUCUUCUACGACACAGAGGUACAGUGGAGGGAGAAUUAUACACUGUUCCUCAAGUUUGAAGGACUAGUGAAGAAUCAUUAUUACAUAAUUAUGAAAAUGAGGAACACUGGAAAUGGUUCACCAUUUCUAAUGUUGGUUCUUUUUUCAGCGCCUUAAAUACCACACCCAGAUCCACGUACGGUCGACCAGAGGCAGGAACCGAGUGGGACGGAAAAUCACAGGCAUCGAGCCUCUGCCUGGAGAGAACAAGGUAUAGCCAUGCUCCUGAUGAACUUUCCACAGACAUGUCUCUCUGGAGAUGACAUACUAGUGUUCCCACUAAGCUGCGCGCGUGUGUGGGCAUGCAGCUCCCGGGACUGCCGCGCAGAAGAAAUAUCAGCCCACACAGAGAAGCACAAGAUUGAACUUCACUCAACUUUCUCGAGUUUUCCCCCUUAGUUAAUAGUGUUAACAUUUCCCUUUACUGUGGGAAUUGUGAUCGAAUCAACGCAAUAUUAGCCACUUUCAAUGCAACAUACCAAAACAAACUAUGCAAGACUUAAGUAUGCAUAACUAACUACGCAAUAUAUUUUGUUGUAGGCAGAACGCAUCGGAGUAGGAUUCUAUUGCAUUGAAACACACGACUCAGCCCUACUCUACACAGACCGUUGCGGCAUAACCAAUCAGAGCUGCAGUAGGCCUAUAUGCAAAUAGACCAUUGCCAUAUACAGUGCAUUCGGAAAGUAUUCAGACCCCUUGACUUUUUCCAUAUUUUGUUACGUUACAGCCUUAUUCUGAAAUGGAUUAAACAUAUAUAUAAUCCUCCUUAAUCUACAUACAAUACCCCAUAAUGACAAAGCGAAAACAGGUUUUUAGACAUUUUUACAAAUAAAAAACAAAUGUAUUUACGUAAGUAUUCAGAACCUUUGCUAUGAGGUCCAGCCAGAGCCCGGACUUGAACCCGGUCGAACAUCUCUGGAGAGACCUGAAAAUAGCUGUGCAGAGACGCUCCCCAUCCAACCUGACAGAGCUUGAGAGGAUCUGCAGAGAAGAAUGGGAGAAACUCCCCAAAUACAGGUGUGCCAAGCUUGUAGCGUCAUACCCAAGAAGACUCGAGGCUGUAAUUGCUGCCAAAGGUGCUUCAACAAAGUAUUGAGUAGAGGGUCUGAAUACUUAGGUAAAUGUGAUAUUUCAGGUUUUUUUUUAAUAUACAUUUGCGAAAAUGUCUAUAAACCUGUUUUUGUUUAGUCAUUAUGGGGUAUUGUGUGUUGAUUGAUGAGGGGGGGGGAAACUAUUUAAUCCAUUUUAGAAUAAGGCUGUAAUGUAACAAAAUGUGGAAAAAGUCAAGGGGUCUGAAUACUUUCCGAAUGCACUGUAUGGAUCUGUGCCAUUCACUUUGAACUGGACUGUUUACAGCGUGAGUGGUCGUGAGUAGAUGCGCUUGUUCUGAGAUCAAAGCGAGAGCUGCAUGUAGCCACGUGUGCACAUUUUGUUCAUAUCCUUUGUUAGUUAGUGAGUUAUUAGCCCAGUUAUAGCUAAUUUGUAGUCAGCAAUGGGGGAGUGAUUGCUUCCUACAAGAGCACAAAACGAGUAAAUUUCGAGACAUCUUUGAAAAGUCAGUUAGGUAAAGAGCUUUUUUUUUUGUCUUAAAGGGGCAGUGUUGUAUUUUGAGACAGGCUUGAAUAAGCUAAGUAGCCAAUAGGCAGAGGGUUACAUCAUUUGUCUGAUUCUCUGUAAUAAUGGUAUGGGAAUAAUAAUGCAUUUUAUUUUGUAAAGUGGUUUCUUGCAUCAAACACAACAUUUUCAGUCACCUCCUUGCCUAAAGGACAAGUGGAUGAGCAGGUUAAUGUCAAGCCCUGCAUGUUUUUUCAAAAGUCUCAUGGAAUGUAGGCCUACAUUGAACACCACACAUUGGCUGCUACUGUAGGCUGAAUGAUAGAACAGCUAUCAUGUUAAAAUGUUAUGGGAUGCAUUUUCUCAAUAGUUUUUGAUGGUAGGCCACUCUGGUAGGCCUACAUUAUGAUCAAAUAGCCAAAGUAGCCUACUUGACCACUGUCUGAAACUAACUUAAAAUUAGAGGGUACAUUGCUAGUGACAGCUGUCCAUUAGCUAAGUCUCUUUAUUUUGUUAUUAGAUUCUGGUAACCUCCAAUGACUGCAGGAUCCGCCUGUAUGACCUAAGGGACCUGUCUCUGUCCAUGAAGUACAAGGGUUAUGUCAACAGCAGUAGUCAGAUCAAAGCCAGCUUCAGGUGAGAACAGCUCCUCCUCAGUCCGCCAUGUUGUUCUUCAAUGUUGCCGGUAAACAAACCAUAAGGAACUGCUUCUCUCUUUAUUUUCCAGCCAUGACUAUUCAUUCAUUGUGAGUGGCUCAGAAGACAAGUGUGUGUACAUCUGGAGCACCUACCACGACCUGAGCAAGUUUACCUCCGUACGACGAGACCGCAAUGACUUCUGGGAGGGAAUUAAAGGUACCUAGAUACUGUAGUGGUGCUCAGGUCUUUACUGUUGGUGAUAUGAAACAGUCUAGUUUGAUUGUAGUGUCCCUCCACUAAGUCCAGUGUCUUGUCUUUCAGCCCACAAUGCAGUAGUGACGUCGGCCAUUUUCGCACCCCAUCCUAACCUGAUCGUCCCCCAGGAGGCAGGGGCAGAGAAAGCGGGGGCUGGGGCCGAUGCAGAGUGUAAAAGCUUGGACUCCACUGAUUCCGAGACCAUUCCCUCAGGUACAGUAUGCCGAUUUAGAUACCCGUUUCUGUAUGCUGAGAGACUAAUCAGAGGGGCUCCUCAUAAAGUGAUAGAUGGUAUGUGUUGAGUGGAUAGUAAAACACUUGUAUACUUUCAAUGCUUAACAUGGUAUUUCUCUUCCACAGGGGCUCUGAAGACCGAUCAUACAGAGGUUCUGCUCUCUGCUGACUUCACUGGCGCCAUUAAGGUUUUCAUCAAUGUAAAAAAGUACUGAGCACUUCUGCCUUAAAGGCUUCACCCUGAACAUAUACUGAACUCUGUCAGUGUACAGUCCUACCAUGGAGGCAGAGCAACCCGCUGCCCUACCAAUUUUUCUAAAAGCGGCCAAUUUUCUACUGGUGAGUGCUCCGGGAGGGAGGUGUUACCCUACGGAGAACAGGGACCCUAAAGUAGAGGAUGAUGGGAAGGCGGCGGAAGUGAACUGUAAAUGGAGGAAGCGGCUCACGAAUGUCCUGUCACAUU